GUUUGGGAACGCCGUACUCGCGUGAAGUCUUUUGUUGUGUGUGUGUGUGUGUGUUCUGAAGCGCUUUUACCGUCCAUUUUAUCUCAUAUAUAUUUAUUUAUUUGUUUUCUUCUGUGUUGUUUUGCCUCCCUCUUUUUUAUUUCUGCGUUGUGUGCUCGUAUACGCGUACGCACCGUUCGCACCCCACACGCGUACGGCUAACAUCGAAAAAUCUGCCAUCUAGAGAGCAAAAAAAGAAAAAGACAUCUAUUCACCACAGCAACUACUUCUCUCCCUCAACAAGCAGAACUAUAUAUAUAUAUAUAUAUAUAGAGAGAGAGAGAGAGAGAGAGAUGUCGCACUCAUCCCCCGUGACCGCGGAAGCGACUGCCUGCGGCGCCGUCGCCGAGCCGUUUGGCACAACCUCGCUCAUCAAACUGACCUCUGAAAGCUUGCGGGUGCAGCUGCUGUCGCACGGUGCCUCGCUAAACUCGGUGCAGGUGCGUGACCCCCGCACCCCCGCCGGCGCGGAGCCGCAGUGGAUCGACGUGUGUGUCGGCUACACGAACCCCGCGGAGGCACUGCACCCCGACACCUGCAUCGGCUCCACGAUUGGCCGCUACGCCGGCCGCAUCGCCAAUGGUGAGUUUGCGCUCAAGAACAGCCACUACACCCUGGCGAAGAACUGUGGCAAGCACAACCUGCACGGUGGCCCCGUCGGCUUCAACAACAAGGAGUGGAAGUACCUCCUGUCCGACGGCGAGGACGAGACCGGGGUGGCCUUCCACCUCGUCUCUCCGCACAUGGACCAGGGCUUCCCGGGUGAGAUCUUCGUGACGGCCACGUACAGCAUUAUCAAGUCCGCGCCGGUGCCGACGCUGAAGUACGUCUUUCAGGCCUCGCUGGCGGACAACACGCCGGUGGACAUGACGGUGAUCAACCUGACGAACCACGUCUACUGGAACUUGAACGGCCUGCCGCGUCCGGACACGCCCGAUGCGGUUGCGCCCGUGGCCAAGCCCAUCGCUAAUCACUACCUCCAGCUCAACUCCAAGUACUUCGCUGACACGGAUGAUGAGCUGAUACCGAAUGGAGACAUGCGGCCGGUCGAAGGCACGCCGCACGACUACUCCGAAUGGCGCUGUCUCGCAGAAGGGAUGGAGGCGACCAAGGUUAGCGGGCGCGAGGGGGGCGGCUACGACGAUCCGGUGGCGCUCGAGACGUGGGACUCGACCCUGCGUGAGGCGGCGCUGCUGUACAGCCCGGCCACGAAGCUGCGCAUGCGGGUGUGCACAACCAACCCGGCCGUCAUCGUCUACACGGCGAACCACUUCCCUCCCGACGCGGAUGGCACGGCGGGCAAGCGCUUUGCCCAGCACGGCGCCAUCGCGCUGGAGUGCCAGUACUUUCCCAACAGCCCGAAUGUGCCGGCCUUCCCGUCGACGGUGCUGAAGAAGGCGGAGGCGUAUAACGAGACGACCACGCACGAGUUCCAGUUUAUGAAGGCGGACUACACGCAGGAGGAGAAGCAACACCACCAGCGCUGA